AUGCCGCCGCCCUCCACAGCCGCCGCUUCGGCGGCCCUCCGCCGCGAGGACCUCCUCCGCGUCGCCUCCCCGCUCCGCUCUCUGCUCGCCGCGGCGCCCUACGCGCCCCCCGAAGGCUCCGACACCUCCAUCAAAUCCCUCCUCGCCUCUCUCCUCCCGUCCACAUCUGAGCCCCAGACGGGCGGGACCGGCAAGGAGGCCGUGGACCUGCUCCUCCUCUGCGCCGCCGCCCGCGCGGCCUCCGCGGAGGCCCCCGCGCUGCACUGGGUCCCGGAGGUGCUCUCCAAGGCGGCCGCCGCCGCGAUGGAGGAGAUGGCGGCGAUGGGCGGGUGGGCCGGCAUCGGGGAGAUGUUGGUGGCCAUGAUGCCGGAGGCAGUGCCCCCGCUGAAGGCCGUGCUGAAGGAUACAGGCGUGGACGCCAAUGAUGACAUGAUGAUGAUUGGCGCCGUGAAGCCGCCCAAGGAGCACGCCUUUGUCGCCGCGCACCAGUUCCGGUGGCUGUUGUCUCAGGUUAAUUACCCCAAGCUUGGCGAUCUGUGCUGGUUAGUCAUUCCAUGUGCUUUGACGGCAUUGGAUCAUUGGUCACCCGACGUUAAGGAACAAGGAAUGAUUAGCUUCAUGCACAUAGCAAAGAAUGUGAAAGCAACAGAAUUAAGUUUGUAUGAAGAUGCAAUACUUGACGCGUGUUGCCAUAACAUUCCUGCAGAUGAUGAGUUAUGGUAUCGUGUUGUUGAGGUAUCAGUGCUGCUCUUGACUUGCACUCAGAGAAGUAAUCCACGUAGCCCUUGGUACGACCGUGUGCUUUCUGAGAUGCUGGGCCACCUGGAACGGCAACCACUAAACAAAGAACGUCGUGUUGCAUGGCUUACCCUUAUCGGACCGGUUUUCGAUUCUAUGGGACUCUUCCUAUUGGCACAUUUUCGUCUCCUGUUCUCUCUCUUUUUCCAAUGGAUACAUGCUGAUGAUGAUAGAACAGUUCUUCUGGUUUUAGAACGAGUUCAUACAGUUAUUAAGCUUACCUGGAUCAGGAAGUCACCCUACACUUCAAGGCUGGUGGAUGAGCUUGUUCUUUUGUAUAAAGAGUCAGCCACACGGAAGAGCCGUGAGAUGAUGAGAAAUCACAUAAUGGAAAUACUCAUGCUACUCCAGAAAUGCAAGGGGCAGCAGUUUGAGGAAGCUUGGAAGAAGCAUGAAGCUGAUCUAGAUUUAACAUUGUUGCUAUCCCGUUUCAAAGAACUUUGCACUGAAGAUGGUUCGCUAGAUAUUUGA